UUUUGUCAAAACAAAAUCAGUAUCCUUCCAUUUGUGUUAUUUCAUGUUUGUGGAUUACUUUACUCUAAAUUUAAAAUGAGGAAUAUAAAAACAACAAAGAAUAUGUGGAUGAGUACAACUGGUACUUAAGUAAUUUUAUUUUAUAUACCGCAGAAUAUUUUAGAAACCUUCCAGAGCAUUUUCAUUAUAUAUUAGUGACCUAAAGUGGUUUCAGGAUAUUGCAUAUCAUGUAGGCAGUAUUUAUUUAUAUAGCAUAUAGAAAACAGGGGAUGUUGUGGUCAUUUAAAAAAAAAAACAGCUGUUUUAUUAAAUGUCACUGGGUUAUGUUUUAUGUGUAGAGUGAUCAGAUCAUUGCUAUUAUGAUAAAAGAUAAAAGUGCUUGUUGGCUAUGAAGUUUUAUAUGAAAUGCUAUAAGACUGAUAUUAUUUUAUGAUGGUUUACAUAGGUUCAUUACACUUAGGAUUUGGAUCAAGUUUCACUUUUCAGGUGGUUUCACAUUAUAGAGAUCAGUUAACAAUCAACUCAAUCAUUUGAAAGUGCACAAUGAUUAUGAAAAAAUGGAGACGAUACACAAGAAACAGAAACGGCGAUAGUUUUCCUGUCCGUGUGACACUGACAAAACAAUCAAAUGACCUCAGUUCCUCCCAGCUGCAGUAAACAUGAUGUUAGAUUUAAAAUACAGUUCCUGCAUUACUAUGCUAUUGAGCAUUGGUCAUUAUCGACCACUAGUCUGGAUAGUGAGAAGGAUGGGAUAUCAGUGAGCAAACUGAAGGUUGUUUGGAAGGAGAAGACACACAGAUGAGUGAGUUCUGCACAUGAACACAUUAAUUUCCUGUCACUGUCAUAUAGUAUUAGCUUACAUGUGUCACUCGUGGGAGUGUUUUUCUGCCUUUCUUCUUUGCUGUGAUGGAAGGAUGUGGUUUUCUUAAAAAUAUGAAACAUGCUGGCUGGUGCUAUUAAUGCGUGGAUGAGGAAGUUUGCACAAGUGAAUAGGAAGGAAGGAUCAGCUCAGUCUUAACACUUAAUCCACAAAUCAUAAAGACAAUUGGAGGCAUUUGACACCUAUAAGACUUUUGAAGCUCUAAUAACUGUAAAGAAACUGGAAUAUUUGGACUUCAGCACUGGAAGAAUGUCAUUUUGUGGGUAUUUCCUCACAGCUUUGAUCAUCCUCAAGCAGCAUUUUAGUGAUGCUGAAUACACUUUUCCUCCGGUUCCUACACUGACCCAGACAGACACCAGAGACUCGUCUGUGGAGUUGUUGUGUCAGGCUCCAGAAGGUUAUGGUGGACUUGUAUUUAAACUUUUCAAAGUGCAUCAACUGAUAGAUGAAGUUGAGAAUUUAAACGAACAGCAAGGGGCUCGCUUCAUUCUUAGGGGAAAAGAUACAGAAAAAGAGAAUCUGUAUUGCUGUCAGUAUGACAACAGCAUAAUCAGUCACUAUAUGAAUCCAGACCCGCAAGUAGUCUCAGUCAGUCCCCCUCCAUCCCCUCACCUGGUGGUCGAGCCCUCUAGUGGGCAUGUCAUUCCUGGUGCCACACUGUCAUUCCACUGUCAGGCUCCACCUGACCCUCAGAAACAGCCUCCUGAGGCUUUUCUUCUGCUCCGGAGAGCCACAGGAAACCCCGGCUCCAUGGUUACUAUAGCACAGCUGGUAUCUCAGUCCCAUGAAGCUCACUUCAGUGUGAAGACAAUGGGACAGGAGGAUGGUGGGGAGUAUGUCUGCCUCUACCAACUCAAAUCAUCAAAGAUGGGACAAGUGAACUCCACAGUCAGUCAGCCAGUACACAUUACUGUCAUAGAGCUCCCAGUCCCCACUCUGUCCUUGUCCCGACACCAGGGUGAAGUUCUGGAGUGUGUUGGGUCACCCUCAUAUCCACAAGGCUUCUUCUAUUUAUUUCGUGUGGGUGUCCUGUCACCUGAGGCGACCCAUCAGGCUUCCCUGACCAAACACAGUGCUAGAUUUCCCAUACCCACCCAUUAUGAACAUGGUGCACAGUAUCAGUGUCAGUACAGUGUGUCACUGGGCAAAUUCAAAGCAUACUCUAAAAUGAGCUCACCAGUAACUAUCCCAUGCAUUACAGGAUAUCAUGAAUGCACACCGACCUCUACAGUAGUCUCAGUCAGUCCCCCUCCAUCCCCUCACCUGGUGGUCGAGCCCUCUAGUGGGCAUGUCAUUCCUGGUGCCACACUGUCAUUCCACUGUCAGGCUCCACCUGACCCUCAGAAACAGCCUCCUGAGGCUUUUCUUCUGCUCCGGAGAGCCACAGGAAACCCCGGCUCCAUGGUUACUAUAGCACAGCUGGUAUCUCAGUCCCAUGAAGCUCACUUCAGUGUGAAGACAAUGGGACAGGAGGAUGGUGGGGAGUAUGUCUGCCUCUACCAACUCAAAUCAUCAAAGAUGGGACAAGUGAACUCCACAGUCAGUCAGCCAGUACACAUUACUGUCAUAGAGCUCCCAGUCCCCACUCUGUCCUUGUCCCGACACCAGGGUGAAGUUCUGGAGUGUGUUGGGUCACCCUCAUAUCCACAAGGCUUCUUCUAUUUAUUUCGUGUGGGUGUCCUGUCACCUGAGGCGACCCAUCAGGCUUCCCUGACCAAACACAGUGCUAGAUUUCCCAUACCCACCCAUUAUGAACAAGGUGCACAGUAUCAGUGUCAGUACACCGUGUCACUGGGCAAAUUCAAAGUAAACUCUAAAAUGAGCUCACCAGUAACUAUCCCAUGCAUUACAGGAUAUCAUGAAUGCACACCGACCUCUACAGGCAGCACAGAUCUGGCUCUGAUUGUUGGCUCUGUGUCUGCGGGUGUUCUGUUCCUGAUGGUGGUGGCAAUCUUGGGUUUUGUCAAGCACAGACAUCUCAAAAACAUGUCAAAGAGAAGGAGACAAAGAGAUCAUACUGUUGACCGAACUCUGCAGCAUGUUUACACUGAAUCUGAGGGCAGUGGACGAACACUUAGAGGAAGACCCUCAUUUUCAGAGGCAAUUUAUGCCAAUUAUCCCAUGGCAACCUUUAAGAAUCCCUCUUUGCUGAUCUUUCUAUCUACUCUAUCUGUCUAUCUAACUAUCUAUCUGUCUAUCUAUCUAUGUCAUCUGGAUUAA